CUGCGGGCUUCGUCACUGGUGUUUCUCCGGAACCGUAACGUCAACAGUGCAGGAAUAAUUGGACCCAAAUACCCAUCCGCCCUCGGACCGAUGGAAGCACCCAUCAAUACGCCCCACGAAAGUGCUCUCGUCGGACUUGCAGGCGGUGCCAUGGACCAACACACCAGCACAGGCAAACGCAUCCGCAAGCCUUCCCUGCUGUACGAGGACUUUGAGAGCCCGUCCCUCCUACACACCAUGCCGCAGGCACAGCCAGCCCCUCCACAGCCACCGGUCAAGGACCCCUCUCGGAUGGGGCGCGUGACCAACCAGCUGCAGUAUCUGCAGAAGACCCUGCUGAAGACCCUCUGGCGGCAUCAGUUUGCAUGGCCUUUUCAUGAACCUGUGGAUGCUUAUAGGCUCAAUUUACCGGAUUAUCACAAAAUAAUCAAGCAGCCCAUGGACAUGGGGACCAUCAAGAAGCGCCUUGAAAACAACUACUACUGCAGCGCCAGCGAGUGCAUCCAGGACUUCAACACCAUGUUCACCAACUGCUACAUCUACAACAAGCCCACAGACGACAUUGUGCUCAUGGCCCAGUCGCUGGAGAAGAUCUUCCUCCAGAAGGUGGCGUCCAUGCCGCAGGAGGAGACGGAGUUGCCGGCGCCGGCCCCUCGGAGCAAGAACGGCAGAGUGAAAGGUGGGCGCAAGUCAAACGCCUCCAGAGCGCAGCAGGUGCCCGCCGUCUCGCAGUCGGCCUACUCGCCAUCCUCCUCUGACACCGGGGACUCCAUGCUGGCCAACUCCCCGCAGACGGUGCUGACCAAGAGCCUCCCACCAGCCAACAUCAUGGGCUUACCCCCGACGCAGCCCACGACCAAAAAAAAAGGCGUGAAGCGCAAGGCGGACACCACGACACCGUCCACCGUGGGCCUCAGCGUGGGCAUGUCUGCAGCCUCGCACAUGGUGGGCCUAGGGAAAGGAGGCCACGGGGGACAAGUCCACGAGACGUCCAUGCACUCGGUGUCGUCGAUGGGAGGACUGGGUUUGGACUCCUCUCCAGGAAUGGGCCUGGUCCGGAGCCCCGGGGGGCCUGUCCUCCUCCAGCCGAUGAUGUCUGCCACCGGACGCAGGGUGGGCAGUGGGCGCCCCAUCAAACCCCCCAGGAAGGACUUGCCCGACUCUGUCCAGCCUCAGUUCUCCAGGAAGAACAAGCUGAGUCCGCAGCUGCGCUACUGCAGCGGGCUGCUGAAGGACAUGCUGUCCAAGAAGCACGCCGCCUACGCCUGGCCCUUCUACACGCCAGUGGACGCCACGGCGCUGGGCCUGCACGACUACCACGACAUCAUCAAGUGCCCCAUGGACCUCAGCACCAUCAAGAGGAAGAUGGACUGCAGAGAGUACAGAGACGCGCAGCAGUUUGCCAGCGACGUCAGGCUCAUGUUCUCCAACUGCUACAAGUACAACCCGCCGGAGCACGACGUGGUGUCCAUGGCUCGGAAGCUGCAGGACGUCUUCGAGUUCCGCUUCGCCAAGAUGCCAGACGAGCCGCUCCUGGAUCAUGCGGCCAUGUCCAUGUCCGGCCACCCCACCUCCUCCUCCUCAUCCUCGUCCUCCUCAUCGUCCUCUUCUACCUCCACCUCUGAGAGUGAACCCAGCAGCGAGAGCGAGGAGAGCGAGAGCAGCCCCAGCUCUGACAGCGAGGAGGAGCGAGCCCACCGGCUGGCAGAGCUGCAGGACCAGGUCUGCACACAGCUGAGGGCCAUGCACGAGCAGCUGGCUGCGCUCUCCCAGGGGCCCAUCGUCAAGUCCAAGAAGAAGAAGGAGAAGAAGGAGAAAAAGGAGAAGAAGAAAAAGAAGAAGAGCCGGGGGGUGCGCAGCAGAGCUGGCUCCGAGGAGUGGAAGAUGCCCUCCAAGGCGCUCAAGUCCAAGUCUGCCCGGGCGGCCGGCUCGCAGAGCAAGAAGGGCCCGAGCAAGAAGAGCAGCAAGAACAGCAAGGCUGCCAAGAAGCCGUUCUACCCGCCGCUUACCCCGACCCUGCUGCCGCACUACGACUCAGAGGAGGAGGAGGAGCUGGUGCCUAUGACCUACGACGAGAAGCGGCAGCUGAGCCUGGACAUCAACAAGCUGCCGGGCGAGAAGCUGGGCCGCGUGGUCCACAUCAUACAGUCCCGCGAGCCCUCGCUGCGUGACACCAACCCCGAGGAGAUCGAGAUUGACUUUGAGACCCUCAAGCCGUCCACGCUGAAGGAGCUGGAGCGCUACGUCAUGAUGUGCCUGAGGAAGAAGACGCGUAAGCGCCGCAGACUCAGCCGCUCCACCAGUCCGGAUCCAACUGACCGCCUGUUUGUGCUUGCAGCCGCCAAAAAGGGCUGCAGCGGCAAGUCUAAAGAAGAGCUGACCCUGGAGAAGAGGAGGGAGCUGGAGAGGAGGCUGCAGGACGUUAGCGGGCAGCUCAACUCUGUCAAGAAACCCGCCAAACCUAAAGCGGAGAAGCCCAGCGCUGUGGAGACCCAGCCCUCUCGCCUCAGCGGCAGCAGCUCCAGCUCUGACUCUUCAUCCUCUUCCUCCUCAUCUUCCUCUUCCUCGGACACGAGUGAUUCGGACUCGGGUUGAGCGCAGCCAACCGCCAAGGCUGCUGUCUUCACUCAGGGACUCGGGCUGGCCCAGGACGCGUGGCACCCUGGAACACUACUGAGCUGUGUAGAAUGUGGGACCGGGGGAUGUGACCCAUCUCUGGAUCUGCGUGGAACCCAAACACUAAAUGCCUUGGUUUCUCCCUCCCUCUACCCCGACGCUUGUAAAUAGCUGUACAGAACAAUAUAUAUAUAUAUAUAUAUAUAUGGAUAUAUAUAUAUAUAUAUAUAAAUAUGUUUCUUUUAUAAAGAAGAAUUUUAUUGUUAACCCCCAGGAGGGACGUGGAGCAGAGAGAGGACGAGGGCUUCUCCGCUCGCAGCUCAGAUUUUACUGGACACUUUAGGUCACGACCUUUGCCUCGCUUUGUUUUAGUUCUGACCAAACGCUCGGCCUUAACUUCCGGAUUGUAAUUACAUAAUAUAUGAGCAAGAUUUAUUUAUUAGAAGCUCCAAGUUUCCUUCUGUGUUUAGAGCGACGACCUCGGUCUCCCGCUGCACCUCGCGCUUGGUUUGGACGUUUUGCACAGUCGUCACGCUGCAGCAGCUUCAAGGCCGUCGGUCGUUUUUUAAGUGAGAAGGAUUGGUUUCUGUUCCCUGAGUUCGGAGAACGUUGUGUGCACUACAGAUCAAUAACCUCGUUUCUUAUGACCAAUGUACAAAGAAAAAAAGGUUGUCACUGCAGUUACUGGUUCAAAUGUCGACCGAACAUUAGAAUGUUCGUUAAAUAAACCUCCGAACUGUUGAUCAACGUCAAGUGACGAUGUGUUUGCUGCCUCAGACUCCGUUGAUCUCACCUCUGGCUCACACACCUUUCAUUUGAGCGCCUGGAUCAUGGGAUCCACCAGGGGGAGCUGUUGUCUCCUCGGCAUCGGUUGACG